AUGCGCGUAAUUAGAGGCAAGCAGAAGAGACAGGAGACAGAGGAAAGAAGAAAGGCAAAGGCAGCGGCAGCAGAGGCUGUCGAUCUCUGGGGAGAUGAGCCAGUGAAGCCCCCAGACAGCAGCAAAAAGAGACGGGAGCCAGCAGCAGCAGCAGCAGCAGCAGACGGUGCAGCAGCACCAGCAGCAGCAACAGCAACAGCAGCAGCGGGGCGCAGCAGCAAACGGCGCCGCUGCAGGUUGGAGAUGCUUCGGGAGCUGGUCCCUGCUGUUUUGCUGCCUGAUGAAGGAACAUCGUAUAACCCUUCUGCUGAAAAGCAGCAGCAGCAGAUGGUUGCUGCUGCUGCUGCUGCAGUGAUGCAGCAGCAGAAGGGCCGCUCAGCGCAUGCGGCGGUGCGGUGCCAUCUGCAGGACAAGGAGCAGCAGCUGCAGCAGCAGCAGCAGUUGCUGCUGCAGCAGCAAGACCCCACAGCGCAGCUAAAGCACAGGCAGCCUGUUACUGCUGCGCUGCUGCAGCACUUAAGCCCUGAUACAGUAGAGGCAUUAUCAGAAGGAGACAAACAGCGGAUGCUGUUGGAGUUGGCGACGACAGGGAAGGUCUCCACACAAGAAGGGGCUGCUGCUGCUGCUGCAGCAGCAGCAGAAGAAGAGGAGACAGGAGACAGUGACUCUACAACAGCAAAGCCCACGAAGGUACCGAAGAAGAAGACUCGCACCGACAGAAACCGCCAGCGAAGACACCAGCAGCAGCUGCGGCGGGCUGCAGCAAAGCAGCAGCAAAAGGCCCUAAGGAAGGCAAUAGACAAGCUGCCGGAGCUGCUUGAGGAUCUGCAGCAGCAGCAGCAGCAGCAAGAAGCAGCAAAAGCAAAGCGGUACAAGGUGCUGCAGCAGCAGCAGCAGAUCGUCUGGCUUCGCUGCAGCGGCGGGGUAUGCUGGAGCUUCCUGCAGCAGCAACAGCAGCGCAUGCAACUCGUAUAA